AUGUCGGUGGACUCGCAGGCGGCCUUCAGGGCGGAGGCGAUUCGCCUCGGGGUGUCUGAGGCGCAUGCCGACUUGCUCAUCACGAAGGGCAUCCGUACGCACUCGCUGUUCGCCUUCAUCUCCAGCUACCAGCCGGGUGCCAGUGACGAGAAGCCGUUCGUGGAUGCAUUGGUUGCCAAGCUUGGUGAGGAGGCUAAGGAUUCGUUACCAGCCUUCCGGCACUUGUUCUACACAAGCCACACGCUAGCGGUCCAGGAGCUCAAGGACAAGCUUGAACCUCGCGAAGAAGCCAAACGCCUCUCUAUGGCAGACAGAGUGGAUCGCCUAGAGCGGCUCAAGAAGGCGCUGGGAGUCACGAUUGACACCUGGUUGGAGCCUAGCCACUCCUUGGUGGACAAGGCCGUUGGCUUUGCGGAGGAGGGGUGUCUGGGACCCUUGGAGCUUUCCCGCUGCACGUCGCGGGAGGCGGAAAUGAGGUCAGAAAAACGUGACGCGGAAACUUUCCGCUUGGAAAAGCUGAACAUCAAGGUCACGAAGCUCCCCACGACCUUGACAGCUGACACGUCCACUGACCUACAUGUUCGGACUUGUAUGCAGCGUCGUGCUCUGGCAUUCCACAUGGCCGGCAUUGCUACGUUCGUGGUGCUCGAUAAGAUCAUCUCUCGCUUCUUCGGCUUCAUGAUGCGCCCAGUGUACCCAGGACAGCAGCCGGUGACCCUGAGCCAGGUCGUGGACGCCGACAGAACGCUUUGGGUCUUGGUUGCGCAAGAGACUCGGGGCAAGGUCCUGACAUCCGGGACUCCAUUGCCGAUUGAUGCCGCUGUGGACGCCUUCAAGGACGCUCCAGACGUUGCUUUUGCCUUGAUGCCCCGCACCAAGGGGUCAGUGCCUCCGCCUCCGAAGCCGUCUCCGACUGCUGGAGCUGAGGCGAUGAGCCGUGCCAAGCGCCGCAGGCUUCAGAAGGCGGCCAAGUCCAAGCCGAUCGCGGAUUCAGCACAGCCCGGCAAGCCGUCGGCAGGAGGUUCGAAGGGCGGCGGCAAGGGCAUUGAUAUACCACCGGGGGCGAAGACUCGCGAUGACCAAGGCAGGCCAAUCUGCUUCCGUUGCAAUCGCAAGGCUUGUGACCAAUCCAAAGAGAAGUGCCAGCGCGGCUAUCACGUGUGUUGGUUCUGCCUGAAGAACCACGCAGGGGCCAUAGCUUUUGGACCGGAAAAGUUUUCCGCAGUGGGGCAUUCUCCCACCGACCUUCACUGCGCCGAAGUUCUUGCAAGUUCUUUCAGCUCUCCGCCUACGGCGAAGCAGCUCCUUUCACUUUUGGAUGUGCUGCCACCUGAAGUACCUGCCCGCGGACGACCGGGCGAUUUCUCGUGGACCACGGGAUCGUGGUCGAAAGACGGUUGCUACGGCCUUCGCCGCCACAGCCACAUGUUUCCGACGGUUACCUCUGCCCUGACGGCGUAUGUCCGAAGCAUUGCUCCCGAGCAUACCUUUACAGCGGUGGCACUUUUUGCAGAUCUCCAAACAGCGCCCCAUCGUGAUGUGAACAAUGCUGUGGGGGCUCCUAACCUCUUGCUGCCGCUUACUGAGUUCCAGGAGGGUCAGGUCUGGCAAUAUCACGAAACGGGGCCUUCCUGGCAAUGGGUCGAAGGUCGCCAUCUUCCCGGCAUGCUUUUGGAUGUUUCCAGAGGCCCUUGUUAUUUGGACUCCCAGGCCUUGCACUUCACACUUCCGUGGCGAGGCAAAAGGGUUCUCGUGGUGGCUUUCACGCCUCGCUGCGACGACCAAAACUUCGACUUCGCACAGCUUGUGGCGCUAGGCUUCAAUGUGGGUCAGGCGGGCCAGUCCCCGCCUCAACCUUUACGACAACAUCUCGAGCUCUUGGGCUUCAAAGUCCAGUUGCCACCGUGUGACCUACAUGCAGUCAGCUUCUCCUGCGAAGCUUCCGAGGCCUUAGCAGUCGAGGCCUUUUGUGGUCGUGGGCGCUUGUCCGUGGCACUUCGUGAUCAAGGCCUCAGUGUUCUUCCAGUUGAUCACCGCGUUCGCUGCACUGAUCUACAAGUUCUUCGCCUUGACCUUCAGGAUGAUCAUGAUGCUUCCAUCUUCUUGGAGAUGCUCUCCACGGCUAAUGUUUGCUUGGCUCACUUCGGGCCGCCUUGCGGCACCUCAAGCAAGGCCCGCGAGCUGCCGUUGCCUCCGGAGCUUUCGCAUCUGCAGUCUUCCCCGCUGCGAUCCUUGGCAUCCCCCUUUGGUCUGGAUGGACUUCGGCCGUCGCAAGCAGCUCGCGUCCAUUCGGCCAACAAGCUCUAUGUGCUCACCUUGGUCUCGAUUUGGAUCCUGCAUGUGCGCGGCGCACUGGUCAGCUGCGAGAAUCCUUCGUCUUCCUUGUUCUGGCGGGUGGCCGAUCUCCUGGCACAAGAUCUGCCGGACCCCGCGGCUUGGCAGGUGUUGGAGGAUGUUGCGUUCCAUGCUUGCAUGUGGGGCUCCACUCGCAAUAAGCGUACCACCUUUCGCGCAACCCCGGGCCUCUGCAGCGGCUUGCGGCGCGAUUGCGAUGGUUCUCAUGAACAUUUGUCGUGGACACCGACUGCAACACCUUCCGGUGUUGUCUUCCCUACAUCAGGCGAAGCCGAGUACACCAAGGAGCUGGCGGCUGCGUAUGCCGCCUUUUCUCUCCGUGCUCUUCAACUUCGAGGACUCCGCACAGAACGCUCUCAUGUGGGCCCCGGAGUCCUUCGGCCUCGGGAUCUACGUUCCUUCACUCGUAAGAGGGUGCCACCGCUUCUUGCAGAGUAUUGGCUUGUGGCUCCCCGCGACUGCGUACCACCAGAAUGGCCUCAACGGCCCCUGCCAAAGCAUGUCCUUUUUCCGAAAACGGGGGACGAGGUCAUCACAGUAUCUUCGGUCGCUGAAGUUAGGGCUUUGGAAGCGACUAAUGCUGUCAAACCGUCAACAUUGGUGGCUCUUAAGGCAUUGGCGGCGACUGGCGCCGAACCAAUGGUUGGGGUGCUUCGACGACCCCAACAAACCGUGCUGGCUACCAGGUGCUUGUCCCACCCGCUUGAGCUGAAUCUUCCUUUGCCGGACAUCCUUGUGAAGGCCGUCGUGAACGUCCUCAGAGUAGGACCUCGGGGCAUUGCUUUUCAUCGUGCUACGGUCUUGCAGAAGCUGCUGGUCAGGGCGGAGGCGCUCAAAGAUCGUGAACGCGAGCUUCAUUGUGGCUUGCAUCCGGAUCUUCGUAAAGUUCUUGCGGGGAAAAACACCAUAUUGUGGGAGCAGCUUCUGAGGGAGUCUCACUUUCCCGAUCUGGGCCUUGUCGAUGAGGUAAGGGGAGGCUUUGAACUCGUGGGUCCGGCGAACUGCUCUGGAGCCUUCCCCAUGGCUUACAAGCCGCCGCAGCAGUCAGUGGAGAAGCUCAUGCAGCAAGCCGUGUGGCGCCGGAAGAACACCAUCUCCAAGUGCAAGCCGACUGGCGAUACGGCUGCAGACGACGAGCUGUGGUCGCAAACUCUUGGUGAGGUCGAGCAGGGCUGGAUCGAUGGUCCCUAUUGGGCUGAGAGCGAAGUCAGUGAGAGGCUCGGCAGCGCCGAGUGGAUGUGCACCAGGAGAUUCCCCAUCGUCCAGGGGCCGAAGGUUCGCAUCAUAGAUGACUGCCUUCAGAGCGGUCUGAACUCGGCUUAUGCGGCAUACAACAAGCUCAGGUUGAUGGACGCUGAUGCGUUUAUCUCCCUGGUUCUCUUGCUUAUCCGAUGCUCGCACCAGCCCGGCAGCAUGAUUCAGCUCGAUUCAGGGGAACAACUUGUUGUGAAGAGACACCCCGAAUGGGGCGAUGGCCUGGAUCUUCUCGGCAAGACUUUGGAUCUCUCCGCAGCUUACAAACAACUGGGCUGCCGGCCCUAUACAAAGUUUAAUCGAGUGUUAGUCGCUUGGAGUCCAGAACGCCGUGCGCCGGCGUUCUUUGUGUCUACUGCCCUGAUGUUUGGAGCGUCAUCGGCAGUCUUUUCCUUUAACCGCUGCUCGGCAUCCCUGUGGCACCUGGCAGUGACGAUGGGUUCAGUCUGCUGCACUGUGUACUUCGAUGACUUUCCUUGUGCGGAACCAUCGGCCUCGUCGGGCUCAGCGCAGGACUUCAUGGUGGGGCUUCUGUCCACUUGCUUGGGGUGGAACGUCGCUCUGCAACCUAAGAAAAACCAGCCUUUCUCUCAGACCUUCACCUUGCUGGGCAUUGAGCUUUCAUUGAAGACGGCGGACCAGGGCAUCCUGAAGGUGCGCAACAAGCCGGACCGCGUCUUGGAGCUGCGUGCUGAACUUGACCGGCUUUUGUCACAGGGCUACAUGAAGAGGUCUGAGGCGUCUUCCUUGCAUGGACGCUUGAACUUCGCUCAGGGACAGCUUCACGGUUGUCCCAUCAAGCCGGCGCUCAAGUUCUUGUCGCAGGUGGCGGCCAACGGCUGGGAUGAUGCCCUGGCCGACGAUUUCAAACUUGUGAUUGGCUACAUCGCAGCUUGCUUCGCUACGGACUCCCCGAGGGUGAUACAUGCUCUUGAUUCGCGGUAUGCCAUCAAGCUCUUUACAGAUGGCGCAUGGGACAACAGAAUCGCUGGUGCGGGGGCUGUUCUCCAGUACGCCUUGGACCAGGGACCGAAAGUGGCGGAGGUGGUCGUUCCAGAAUGCCUUAUCGAGCACUGGGGCAGGCAUGGCGGCACUCAGCUCAUCUCGCAGCUGGAGCUUUUUCCCGUGUUGGUGUCACUGGUCAGCUGGGGCCCCCAGUUGGCGGGCAGGCGCAUCCUGGCUUUCAUCGACAACAACGGCGUGCGCGACUCCUUGAUCAAGGGCUCUUCUCCGCUUCCUGACCACUUCGUCAUGCUUUCGAUGAUUGCCUGGGUGGCUCGGCGGUAUCACUUCACGCUGUGGUUCACUCGUGUGGCAUCAGAAUCUAACCCUGCAGACAAGCCGUCUAGAUCGCAAGCGCGGGAGGCUGCUGAGGAGCUCGGUGGAUCCCUUGAGCUUCCCUUGACCUUGGACGACGUUCUUGUGAAAGGAUUGCUUAGCAAGCGGUCCUUCAUGGAUAUGUGCCAGGGGUCAAUGCCGUUCGGUGAUGGGGAAAAUGUGGGAGAGAGACUGUGGCAGUGA